AUGCCAGAUGUUUCUUAUGAACUGAAUACCUGAAUUUCGUGUUACUAUAGCUCUAAUUGAGAUGAAGCACAUAAGGAUACGUGUGUGUACCGAAGAAACCGUGUAUUGAUGAUGAUAAUAGAGAAUGUAGAUAAUAUGGAAAUGAAACAGUUCGAACAUGCUGAAAAUAACUCAGUAUGUCUCUUGGACUUGUACAUGAAGUGUAUUUUAAGUAUUGGUCCAUUCAUAUCAUUGUUUCAUUGACUUUAUCUUUAAUUAAUUCUAACAAGUUGCAAAGGUAUAUUUAAAAGUGUAAAUAUAAAAUAUAAAAUAUCUUUAGAUAAGCAUGAACAGCAUAAUAAUAAUUAUAAGUCUAUUGGAAACUAUAUCGCCUGCUAUUGGAAAUUUUGGAUAUAGUAAACGUCAACAUUUGUGGAGUAAGGAUUUUAAGCUGUGCGAAGGAAAAUUACAGUCUCCUGUAUCCAUAUCGUCAUUCAAAUCAUUUCCUCUUCCUUUGCCUGCACUCGAGGUAAUCGGUUAUCAUGAUUAUCUUCCAGGACCACUACAUUUAAAGAAUAACGGUCACUCAGUUGUUGUAAACAUAAAUAAUAACGCAAGAAAUAUGUAUUUGCCUUACAUAUUUGGUGCUAGUCUCGAAGUAAAUCAAGAAUACGAACUAGAUCAUUUACAUUUUCAUUGGGGUGCAAAAAAUAACAGAGGAUCCGAGCACGUUUUUAAUGGUAUCAGAUACCCUAUGGAAAUGCAUAUAGUUCAUAGAAAUAAAGCAUAUUCGAAUUUUUCUAAUGCCUUAAAUUACGAAAAUGGUCUUGUGGUUUUAGGAAUCUUUUUUCAAUUGCAGUUGGAAGAUAACAAGUUGUUACAUCCCAUUUUAAAUAAUUUGAGAGACGUGCGAUGGUUACAUAAAGAAAUAAAAUUGCAAACACCUGUAACAUUAGCUUCGCUGUUACCUCGCAAUACAGAUGUAUUUUAUACUUAUAAAGGUUCGUUAACUACUCCCCCGUGUAACGAAGUGGUAACAUGGAUAAUUUUCCCAACCCCUGUACUGAUCUCUUUUAACCAGCUGAAUAUGUUUAGACGACUUUCCGAUGGAGAAGACGUAUUAGCAGAUAACUAUAGAAAAUUGCAAAAUAUAGGAUUUAGAAAAGUGUACGUUAGAAGGUUGAAUUCAUCUCUGGCUACAACAUACAAUGCAACAGUUUUCAAUGUCACGAAUUUAGAUUGGUUUUUGCAUUGAAUCGUAUUUAACCAAUUGUAUCGUAAUCAAUGAAAAAAAAAUUACUCCGUCAUUUCGCUUUUGCUAGAAAAUAAAAUUAACACGUAAAACUUCUAUAAAGUUAGCUUGUUUCUGGAUAAAAUAAAUUGUAGUUUAUUUUUCGAAUAAAUAAUGUAUCAUCGAGGAACUAUACUCCUGUUUUAACGUUCAUUAAAGUUGCUGAUUAUUUAAUUGCA